AUGAACCUUUUGAGCUUGGUUCAAGGCCGGAAAUCUACACCCGAACAAGAAAUUCUUUACCUAAACUCCUACAAGUUCCAAAGAUCCAAGAAAGCAAUGAAACUGAAGGAACAAUGGAAGAGAACAAAGAGCUAUAAAAAGAAGUCAUGGCCUAGUUCACAAGACAACACAGAAAUGUUGCUUGGACUUGUCGAUGCAAAAAUUGCGUCAAGGGUUUUACUUAUGCUGAGGAUAAGCAAAGAGCAGAUAUUUUGGUGCGAAGAAAAGAUGAAGAAAUUAGCUAUAUCUGAUGGUAAGCUGCAGAGAGAUCCAUCACCGAUCCACUUUCCCUAUUAG